AUGACGCUCACAGGUGAUACAGUAGAAGACAUCGAAGCUUCGCCUGAAACAUUCUGGAAGAAUACACUGAAGACCGAGCUUUCCGAUGUCGUAAACGAAAAAGCGCCGGAGCCCCAUUACAAGCCAGAAGAGACAAGAAUAACGAUAUCAACGAAGCGGCCCAAACAGAGCUUCCAGAAACGCUUCGGCACACUCAGUAUCGAUUGGAAUAUUGUGGAAAACAAGCUGCGGUCUUGGAGCCACCUUGGCAGCAGUCUCCACGUUGAAAUCUCGUUCAUCUACAAAGAGAUCCAGCUGGAUACCACAAAUAAAUUGGCUGCAAGAGACAAGCUCAUCGCUCAGCAACAAGCCUCCGGUGUACGUCCCGUCUGGAAGGAAGUCUACGAACUUUUCGAGUGCUCCAACGCCGUGUGCCCAAAUCGAGGGUUUUCCUGCUGGCGGGACCCAAGUAAUAAGAGACACGUGAAAUUAGAUUCUGAUACCAUGGACAAACUUAUUGAUUAUGCGGAGGAAGGCAAUACGCUCGAGAAACAUGACGACGAUGGAGGCUGCGGUGAAUCAUCGGCAAACGCACGCAACGCUACUCGUCGGUCUGGCCAAGCGAGGUUGGCGUUCCCAAUGCCGGUUGAUGAGGCUCCAAAGUCCUACUGCGAUUGGCUCUGUAACCAAGUGACGAACAAAACGUGGAAGGAUGCCUAUCAAUUAGCUUGCCGCGUUACUCUGGAGAAAGGCUAUCAUCUCGGUCGCAUGUACGAGGCGCAGGCCGUUGACGCCAAGAUGUUGGCCACUAGCGGGGUAUUGCCGGGCAUUGCUAUUCAAUUCGUGAGUCGGAUCGGAGAUUGGUUGGAUGAUAUCUGCCCAGAGUAG